GAAACUUAGCAAAUUCAAAACCGGAUGUAGUGAUUUGUAAUUUCGCUUUCGCCGAAUUUGCGUUCUUUGUAAUCUUUAAUUAAUAAUAAGUGUAAGAAAAACACGAUGCAUUUGACAAUAACUACGUUAGAUGAUAGAAUAAUGAAUGUAGAAGUUAGUGAAGAUUUGGAGAUUGAAAACUUAAAGGCCCAGUGUGAAUUUGAACUAGGUGUUCCGUCUGCUAAUAUCAAUUUAACAUGGGAGGGCCGUCCGCUUGCCGACGAAAAGAAGACCCUUAAGGCAUACGGUAUAAAGAAUGGUGAUAUGCUUUUGCUACAGCAUAUUAGGAGCCAACAACAACAGUCUCCUCCACAAGCAGCUGGAAGUGGAAUGGCUGGUGGCAUUCCUCAACUUGAUUUUGGCAGUAUCCAGUUGCCUGGCUCCUCCAGACCACCUCCGAAACCAGACCUUGAAGAUCCCUUGGUUAUACUUGAACUUAUAAAGAACAAUCCACAUGAAAGAGCACUUCUGAAAGAAAGGAAUCCACCUCUUUCAGAUGCCUUAGAAAGUGGCGAUACUGGAAAGUUUGUUGAAGUGUAUAGAAAACAGAGGGACCAGCGACUAGAGAAAGAGAGGGAAAGGAACAGGUUGUUACAGAUGGAUCCAUUUUCUUCAGAAGCUCAAAAACUUAUAGCUGAAGAGAUUAGGUUGAAGAAUGUUGAGAGUAACAUGGAGUCAGCUAUAGAGUUUGUACCUGAAAGUUUUGGUCAGGUGAUCAUGUUAUAUGUUGAUUGUCUUGUUAAUGGACAUCCAGUCAAAGCUUUUGUUGAUUCUGGGGCACAGAUGACAAUAAUGAGCCAGGCAUGUGCAGAAAGGUGUAGUAUAAUGAGACUAGUAGACACACGAUGGGCAGGUAUCGCUAAAGGUGUUGGCACACAAAACAUUAUAGGCAGGGUUCAUUUAGGUCAAAUUCAAAUAGGCAAUGAUUUUCUACAAUCCUCAUUCUCCAUCUUAGAAAACCAACCAAUGGACAUGCUGUUAGGUUUAGAUAUGUUAAAAAGACACCAGUGUGUUAUAGACUUACAAAAAAAUGAACUGCUUAUUGGUACUACGGGAACCAGGACUCCAUUUUUACCGGAGAACCAGCUUCCGGCUCAUGCUCGGAUCAACAAUCAAGCUCAGGAACCGGAUGAAGACCAGCAGUUGGCGGCGGCAUUACAGAAAUCUGCAGAGGAAGCUGCUGGAGGUUCAAACACAAGCACAUCAAGCAAAAGUGAUUCACAUAAAUUAUUUACAGCAUCCUCACCACAGAACAAUGGACAAUCUACUUCAAGUGGUGGGGCUUCUUCAAAUGGUGCAAAUAUUUCUCAGUCAACUAAUUCAGGAAAUGUUAUGGCUCAAGGGGGCGGAGCAAGUGGAGCUCCUGUCACAUUUUCAGAACCUGUGAUACGAAGACUUGUGGACAAGGGAUAUAAUCGCCAUGACGUUUUAGAAGCUCUUACUAAUACUAAUGGGGAUGAAGAAAAAGCAUCCAUUCAGCUCAUCGCGAAAUCAUUUAAAUUUUAAUUCUAAACCUUAAAUGUAAUGCACAUGUAUCUGGCAUUCCUUUUAAAGUAUAAAAUACAAUACAUGAAUGGCACAUGUACAACAUUUUCUGGGAAAAAAAUCUAAAACAUUGUCAAAACAAAAGGAAUGGAGCCUAUAAACAGCUGAUUUUUAUAUACAUACUAGAAUUAGUUAAGGAAAAAUGAAUAAUUUGUGAAAAGCAAUGUCUUUCACCCUUAUGUCAACAGGUCUGAGUCCACCCUGUUAGGAAUGAAAUUAAUUCCUCUAACAGCCAAAUUUUGAAUUCUGACUGGGUAAAUUGUGAAUUCUUAUAACAGUUUAGGGAAAAAAUGGCAACUGUUUAGGAUUUGGAAAAUGUUUGUUUUCCUGAUGUAAGAGAACAAAAACCGACACUCUAUUUUCUUCAUGGUAAUUGUUCUCUACUCUAUGUUCAGCUUAUACAAUGUGGCUUGCUUUCUCAUUUCAUCUUAUAUUAUUAUUAUCAAAACUUGGUUAUAACAUAGUCAGUUGUAAUGGAAUGGUAUGUGCAAAUUUUUUUAAAUACAAAACUAUUCAGAAAAAAUAUCAAAUGAACUUUUUAAAAUUUAGUUGUUUUUUUUUCUCUUUCUUUAUUUCAAAUUCUCUUGCUACUGUGUAGAAACAUUGUAGAAAUACAGUAACUGCAAGUCUUGGAAACGUUAAAUAUGAACAGUGCACAGUAAAGGCAAUAAUUCAACUAAAUUGGGUUUUAAUUUUCAAUAAAUUUUGAACUUGGUAAUGGUUAAUAAUCAAGAUAAAAACCCAACAGAAAUAACUUUUUUUUAACACUUGAAAAUACUUCUUCGUACUUUUAAUCAUGCAAGUCGAAAACUAUGCAAAAAUUCUCAGCAGUAUUUAUAAACAUAUCAAACUCAAAUGUUCACAAAAUUUGGUUUUUAAUGUUGUUUAUGAUAAUUUAUAUCAGCAUUGUUAGGAAAUAUGGCUUUUAUUCUAUGUUUACAUAGUUAUUGUUACUAAAAAUAAAUAGAUUUUAAGGAAUAUACAAAUAUAGGCAACUCAGGUGUAAAGUAAGACUAAGUACAAAUGUACUAAAUUUGCAAUGGCGUAAUACUUUGUAUGUCUGACUUUGAAGUAAAUUAUUGUGUUCAAAUUCUGCUUAAGCUUGAUAUAUUUUGUUUACACAUCUAUUUAAGAUAAAACACCUAACUUGGUGUCUAUAAGACAUUGGUAGUGAUAGCGAGCAUAUAAAUCCAAUAUCAACAAAUUCAUCAUAGUUAUAAAAACAGCUUUUAUAUUGUUAAGAAGCACGGCAAGGCAAAAGUUAAAUACUUUUGAUACAGCACAGUGUCAAUGAAAUCUGUACAUGUUAUGUGCAAAAUUGAUUUGCAACAUUUUCCCCCGUCUUGCUAAAUCUGGAUAAUAUUCUGAAUUUGUUCUGACAAUGAACACACAUCAUUUUGGAAAUUUGAAGUGAUUAGCAUUUGCCACCAGUAUAGAGCCAGGCCAGCCUGCACUACCAUGUACAUGUAGUAUGGUCAAGAACUUUCACCUUGAUAUCCCUAAAAUUGAUAAUGGACACUUCCAAAAAUGGAAGCUGGACAAGGCUGUUUAAAAAGAUAUGGCAGGUUAUGGGUUAAAAGCUAUUCUUACAUCAGUAUUGCACCAGAAUAGAGGAAAGGUAACCUGCUCACCUUUGACUAUAUAGUUUAAGCCUUUUCAUCAAAGCGGGAUAUGUUUAUUUAACAAAUGAUGUCACAAAUGAAUUUUAUAUUUAGUAUAAUCUACAAGUAUUUCUUUCAUUUUUGAAGAGUGUUAUAUGAAAUAUUAUUUCUUCUAUACUACACUUAUACCAAGAUGUUUUUGGAUUUUUUGUUGGCAACUUGUUUUAAGAAUUUGUAAUUAUUGAGUGUACAUGUAUUCAGAAGUCACUAUUUGAAAGAAUCCAAUAAUGUUUUAACUAGAAGAAUUAAGAGCAACUCUCCUUAAUAUUUUAAUUAUUUUUUUCAAGGAAAUUUGUUUUUCCAAUAUGUAGUUCAAAGUGUAGAUAAGUUUACAAAUAAAGUGACAAAACUUUUCCAAAUGCUGUUUACAGAAAUAACUUUAACAUAUCAAAAUUUGGGUUUUCUCUGUUAGUUAUAUAGUGAUAUAUACAUGUAUAGUAAAUUAUGUAAUAUUUUGCUUAUAAACUCCAGCAUAUAAUGUAGAUAGGUAAUAUUUCUUGAAGAUGCAAUACAUUUUUCUUAAAUUUGAUUUGUUAAUUUGUUAAAUGGCCUGAAUGGUGCAGCUUUCGAGGAAAGAUUAAAGAAAAGACAAUGACAGUGUUGCUAUGAACCCUCGGUUUGCUAUAUUUUAUUACAAAUGUUCACAAUUUGUCUACACCAUUUUCAUCAAUGAAGUAUUGUAUUUACUUUGCAAAAAAAAGAAAUAAAAGAUGAAAUUU